UGCCCUUGUGUGUCAUUGGCAGAUAAAAUUUAGUCUGCUAGCAACCGCGGCGACGGGACUGGCGGUCGAUUCACUGAACGUUUUCUGGGCUCGGUAUUUGAUCGUAUGUUUACAAUUGUUGUCUGACAUCGAACUGCGGUAUUGUAUAUUUGCACAUCAAGCGUCAUUAUAUUAAACAAAACAUGCCCGAGAAUAUUUCAAGCGUAACCGUACCCACGAAGGUUCACGAGGGUCAAAAGCCGGGUACCUCAGGCCUACGAAAAGCCGUCAAAGUCUUCACACAGGAGCAUUAUACUGAAAAUUUUAUUCAAUCAAUUUUGGAAGCUCUUGGCGAUCGUUUGAACGGAUCCACGUUGGUCGUCGGCGGUGACGGUCGUUAUUAUGGCAAGGAGGCCGUUGCAAAAAUCAUACGAAUCGCUGCAGCUAACGGGGUAGGCAAGUUGAUAGUAGGACAGAACGGGAUAUUAUCAACUCCGGCUGUUUCGGCUAUUAUUCGCAAGUACAAAACUCUUGGGGGAAUUCUUUUAACUGCAUCACACAACCCUGGUGGUCCAGAUGCUGAUUUUGGAAUAAAGUUCAAUUGCGAAAACGGCGGACCUGCACCUGAUGCUGUUACCAACAAAAUUUAUGAUAUAACCAAAACUUUGAAAAGCUAUAAAAUUGCCUCAGAGAUCAACGUUGAUAUAUCUAAAAUUCAGAGCACCAACAUAGAAGUCGAUGGAAGAAAUUUUACCGUCGAUGUUAUUGACUCUGUCAAUGAUUACGUUGAACUGAUGAAAAGCAUUUUUGAUUUCACCACUCUUAAGAAACUCAUCCAAGGCAGCCCGGAACGAACUGCUUUUCAAGUUCUCAUCAACUCAAUGAGUGGUGUCACUGGACCAUAUGUAAAACGGAUAUUUAUCGACGAAUUGGGAGCAGCUGAAGCAAACACAGUAAAUAUCAUUCCGCUGGAAGACUUCGGUGGACUACAUCCUGAUCCUAACUUGACUUACGCAGUGGAUCUUGUGAAUACUGUUAAAAACGGCCCUUACGAUCUUGGAGCAGCUUUUGAUGGCGAUGGAGACAGGAACAUGAUAAUAGGCAAGAAGGCCUUCUUUGUCAAUCCGUCAGAUUCCUUGGCAGUCAUAGCUGCCAAUUUGGAUUCUAUUCCAUACUUUAAAAAGACAGGUGUAAGAGGUUAUGCUCGAUCUAUGCCUACCAGUGGCGCUGUUGAUCGAGUAGCUGCAGCUACUGGUGUUGAAUUCUUUGAGGUGCCAACAGGAUGGAAGUAUUUUGGCAAUCUAAUGGAUGCAGGAAGACUUUCCUUAUGUGGUGAGGAAAGUUUCGGAACUGGUUCCGACCACAUUCGCGAAAAAGAUGGAGUUUGGGCAUGUCUUGCUUGGCUCAGCAUCAUUGCACACUCAGGUAAAUCUGUCGAGGAAAUUCUGCAAGCACACUGGACCAAGUACGGUAGAAACUUUUUUACAAGAUACGAUUACGAAAAUUGUGCAUCUGAGGCUGCAAAUAAGAUGAUACUUGAACUUGAACAGCAUAUUAGCAAUCCAAGUUUCAAAGGAACGAAACUUACAAAUGCAGACAAGUCGUAUGUUGUUAAACAUGCUGACAAUUACGCGUACAAGGAUCCAAUUGAUGGAAGCGUAGCUGAGAAACAGGGGCUGCGAGUGUUAUUUGAAGACGGUUCUCGAGUGAUCUUUCGUUUAUCUGGAACAGGUAGUUCUGGAGCUACAAUCCGUCUUUAUGUUGAAAGUUAUGAAUCCGACCCAACAACUUACAACGAAGAUCCUCAAAAAGUUCUUGCGCCACUUCUAAAUAUUGCUCUUCAAUUGAGUAAGCUCCAGGAGCACACUGGACGUAAUGCUCCAACUGUCAUCACAUAAAACUUAUUAGCUAGUCCACAUUCAUCUACAGUACCUAGCACAUUUCAUCGCAGCAGUAUGUAUAGUAUAUCUAAUUAUACAAAUUUUGUGUUGGACAUACAAUGCAUAUUUGAAUAGUUUUAAUUUUAUGCAAAAAAAUUUCUGAAUCAAAGUUUAAUAUGGUAAAAGAAGGUCCGAUUUUACCAGAGACUCUAAUCAUAAACUUCUUUACCGAACUUUUCACUGCAGAAUGCAACCUUUGUGAUAUUUACAAUGCCAAAUACACCUCUUCAAUUUAUAUCAUAUAGUCGAUUAUACAGAAUUGUAAUGAAAUGCAUAAUACCGUUUGAUGAAAGAAAAUGCUUCUUACAAUGUUAUUAAAGCAAACAACCAUGUUACAAUUAGAUUGAAAUAGAAUGUAAAAGUUGUUUUCCUUAAAUUUUUCUUAUACAAAAAAAGCAAUAAUGUAGAGGUUAACAUGAGUAAAUUUUACAUACAGGAAGUAAGUGUAAUAUAGCCUUAGAAAUUUGAGUUGCCAUCUGAAAAAAAUUUAUCUGGAAAGUAAUAUUACUGCUCAACUUUUUUUUUUCACUUUUACACGAAUUUUUCACGUACAAGAAGCAUUAUCUCAAUUUUAUUCAUGAGAACAACUCUGCGAUUUGAAUAUUAUAUUCUGGAACUUUGCAGAUACUUAAAAUUUAUAUAUUUUGAAUAAUGGAUUUUUAUGGUCCGAUUAUAUAUGUUCUUAAUAUAAAUCACUUACUCUAAAAGCACAGUUUAUGAUAUAA